ACCGGAGAGCCCAGGGGGACUCGCCGCACAGCGCCGGGGUCCCGCCGGCGUCUGGGGGCCACGGCUCGGGGUCGCGGCGGGUGCGGGCGCUGCCAGGAGCCGCCGCGCGCGCGCGCGGCGCGGGACGCCGAGGGCCCGGACCAUGCGUGCGCCGUGAGGGGCGGGCGUCCGGACUUCGCGAGCUGAUGCGGACUCGCUUUUGAGCGGCUGUGGACGAGCGAAGCAACCCCAAAAUGGAGGACUUUGCUACCAGGACCUACGGGACCAGCGGCCUGGAUAACAGACCUCUUUUCGGGGAGACAUCUGCCAAGGACCGAAUCAUCAAUUUAGUUGUUGGCAGCUUAACCACCUUGUUGAUUCUAGUAACACUGAUCAGUGCUUUUGUGUUCCCUCAACUACCUCCCAAACCACUGAAUAUAUUUUUUGCUGUCUGCAUCUCUUUGAGUAGUAUUACUGCCUGCAUACUUAUCUACUGGUACCGACAAGGAGACUUAGAACCGAAGUUUAGAAAUUUAAUUUACUAUAUCUUAUUUUCAAUCGUCAUGUUAUGUAUAUGUGGGAACUUGUACUUCCAUGAUGUGGGAAGGUGAGGCUGCAGAGAGGAGAUACUCACCAGGACUCUUGGAAAUCUAUGUGAAUUUAACUGCUGCAAAACAGCAUACCGAGGAAUCAUCUGCAGAAGUCUGGUACAUGAUUUUUUCAUGUUAAUUGUAAAUCUGAAUCCCCUUGUGCAAGGGGAACUGUAUCAUAGAUCUCCGCUUUCCUUUUAAAAGCUAAAACUUUCCAGCCCUCAAAUAGCAAAGAAUUUUCACUUUUGAAAAAAAUAAAUUUUUUUUUUUUUUACAAUUUAAUUGCAUGGCUCAAAAUCUUGCAUUUUAAGACAAAUACUCUUUUAUUUCUGUUAAACUGAAUAUACAAUUAUUGUUCCCUAGGCAACCAACUUUUGCUUAUUACUAUAGUUUCACAUUAAUAAACAGAUGGUGAAAAGACAACUUUGAUUGUGAAGAUCUAAUUACAAUAAUAAAUAAAAUAAUUUAUACAAGUUUCCUUUUUUUUUUUUUUUUUUUGGACUUUUCUAUAAGGAUCAUAUCAUUAAAGCCCUACAGGCUAGUUUCGGGUUUACCUUAGGAAUGACUCUUGAUUUGUUUUCUUUUGAUACAGAAGCAAACUUUGUUUUUUAAAAGUGCCUGAGGGAGAAGCUAUACUGUACCCCCACCAGGUAAUGCACUAAGUGACCAGCAUACUCUAAUACCCCUCAACUAUCUUCUGGGCAAUUUAUAUAGUAAAACGUGUAAUAAAAAGUCAUGGUUAUCAGAUACAGGCAAUGUUACCUUUCCCCUCAUUUAAUUUCACUUCCAAGUGCUAACUGUAAACUAAUGACUGGUUUCUGAUGAGGGUUGAUAACGCUUUGUUACCAGUGCGUUGUUACCACCUUAACCACAUUCCCUUUAAAAGUUAAAAAUCAAAGACCUGUAGUGAAUUUUCUUGACUCUGUAAUGCUUUGCUCUUUACCCUGCCUCAGUCAGCUCCCACUGCCAGCAAUGGGUUAACCAUCGCAUCCAACUCCCAUGAUGUUGCAUUUGGAUGCUGGUCAUGUCAUCACUGCUAAUAUAAACUGGACCAUGUGGCUAAUAUAACCUGGAUUAUAACCAGAGCAGCUUGAGUGAGGACAGAGCUCGGUGUCUAACUGUGGAGAUGAGUAUUACUGCUAAUACUUAAACCAGAGUAGUUACGCUUUGGUGAUGUAAGUAGCUGCAGUGACUGCAACCCCCUCUUGACACAAAACUUAACAAGUCUGGGCAAUUCACACUUCCUGUCCUCCAUCAUAACACAUUGUUAUAAAAUUGGACCUCAGAUGAUCUACUUAAAAGGAGGUAAAAGUGACAGCAGCAACAAUGUGCAUGGCUUAAGCACGGCAGCUACGCACAAGCCAGAGGAAUGGCAAACCAAAACUCUUGGGAUGGCUCCUUUCUUUGGAGACGGUGUAGUCACAAUGUGGCUCCUCAAUAAUCUAGUGACAGUUCACCAAGUCCUCAACAUCCUUUGAGUCUUCUGAAACAGGGCUGCCCAAAGAUGACCCGAUUAUAUUCGAUUCUUCCUGAUGGUGCUGGAGUA